UUCUAUGAAAUUCAUUAACCCAAAACUAACACUUCAUGAUGGCUAUGUUCGUCUAGCCUCUGAUUUUGAGUUAAAUGAACAAACUUUGCGAUUGAGAAUGACAGAGGCUUUUGAGAGAAUUAAAGCAGAAUCCGCAAAUAAUAUUGGGGGAUAA